AUGCUGUUACACGUUCGCACUAGCAGUGGUUAUCGAGAAUCGUUGCGUAAAAGUUUAAGUAGAAAGAGAGAACGCAUUCUCUCAUUUUAAUAGAUAUCUAGACCAGAAUUGGCUGAUCUCAGCAAUUAAUGUACAUCAAAGUUUGACAAAAAUGAAACAAAACUUGAAUAAAGAAAAUCUAAAGUAAAGAAUAUGAAACAAAACUCAUAUAAAAAGAAACCAUAGGUGAAAUUGUCUUAUGUUCCAGAGAUGACUCUUUAUUAGAAAAUAUUGUAAAAAUACUUCUGA